AUGGACGCCGCACUGGAUCAAGUAAAACAACUGGCGAGCAACAUUGACGCCUCGGCGCGUCAGAAGUUGACUCUCGAGCUGAUGAAAGUGAUUCAUUCUCUGGAGACACCGGAUGACAUGCUUCAGCGCAUCGGAUCUCUGCAUUUUCAAACGGCCGCAGUCAUCCUAGGCUAUGAUCUGAGCGUCUUCCGCAAUCUGUGCAAGUCUGAAUCCUCGAAUGUGGAGGAGCUCGCUCGGGAAAGCGGAGCCGAGCCAGCAUUGCUAGGCCGCAUUUUGCGCUACCUCGCUUCGGUUGGUCUCGUUGAUGAGGUGUCAAAGGAUGUCUUUGCAGCAAACCAUGCCACCAGGACCUUGUCAGAAGAGGUCAGCGAGGCAGGAUUAAAGCAUUACUUCUACACUUGCAGCCCCAUACACCAGAGCCUGCCCGAACACCUCAAGAGCACGGGCUACAAGAGCCCCGAAGACGAGACCAACACCGCUUUCAACAAGGCCUUCGGCACUGACAAGCAUGUGUUCUUCUGGUUUGGCGGCCAGGCAGAGAGGCUCAAGUAUUUCAACGACUACAUGGCACUCCGGCGGACGCCGGACGUGUCGUGGCUGUCAGUGUACCCCGUCAUAGAGGAGGCCAAGGGAGUGACAGCCGACCGCGCCGUGUUCGUCAAUGUGGGCGGUGGGAUCGGGCACCAGUGUGCAGAGUUCAAGCGGGCCCACCCAGGUAUCCCCGGGCGCGUCGUGCUCCAGGAUCUCCAGCACUCCAUCGAUGCUGCUCUGCCUACUCCGGGGGUAGAGAACACCGUGCACAACUUCUUUGAGAAGCAACCCGUCGAAGGAGCCAAGUUCUACUUCCUGCGCGGAGUCUUCCACAACCACCCGACGCACAAGGUGCAAUUGCUCCUCUCAAACAUCAAGGCGGUCAUGGCUCCGGACUCGGUCAUCCUGAUCGACGAGAUUGUGACACCGGAGGUGGGUGUCAACCACGACGCAAUGGCUCACGACCUGACCAUGAUGGCAACCUUUGCCGGUGCUGAACGGUCCGAGGCUCAGUGGCGCGACAUUUUGGAUGCCGUUGGCCUGAAGCUUGUCAAGACUUACGUGUAUAACCCGUCUGGAUACGAGACCGUCUUGGAUGUUCGAGCUGCUUAG